AUGGCCACAAGAACCAACCCCAUCAAAAUCCUUUCUCCAAACUCCAAGCCCCUCCUCACAAAACCUUUCUGUAUCACAUCUCUAACAUGUCCAACAGUCUUCAACAGAGCAACUUCACUUCGCAAGCCUCUUCUGGUAAUAAAAUGCAGCUGCAAUAGCUCAGAAGAGAGAGAACCUAGUAGUGGUAAUAAUUUGAAGGAUGCAUUGUCUGGUAUGGUGGACAAGCAAGUAGAGGAACUUUUAAACAGAGAAGAGAAUAGGGCCUUGCUUGAUGGGUUAGAGAAGGCAUCACAAAGAGUGGAAAUGGCUAAAAGAGAGCUUGCUGAGAUUGAAAGACAGGAACUUGAGGCUAAACAAUUGAGGGAUUACAUCAACCAGCUUGAAACUAGAGCUUCUGAGAUUGCAGAAUGUCAGCAGGAGAUCUUAGAGGCAAGAACCAUGGUUGAAGAAGCAGAACGUUCGCUGUCGCUUAAUAAUGAUGAAGAUGGAGAUGCUUUAGAAAGCGAGGAGAUUAACAGAAAUGAAGAGAGAUUGGAGUCCAUAAAGGCAGGUUUUGUAUCUGCACUUGUUGGCACCUUUGCUGGGCUCCCCAUUUCUCUAACUCAAGUGACCAGCAAUGCUCAGCUAAUACUUCCAUCAGCGAUCACCUUCAUUAGCUGUGCAUUAUUCGGUUUAACCUUUCGAUAUGCAGUAAGAAGAGACUUGGACAAUUUUCAGCUGAAGACGGGUACAGCUGCAGCUUUUGGCAUUGUGGAAGGUCUUGCCACACUAGCUGGAGGACCGCCAUUGGAGCUCAAUCCUGAAAGCUUCUUGUCACAUGCCUUUAAUGGUGCAAUAUAUGUAUCAGGGAAUCUUUUGAUCUUUGUUUUUGCUGCUGUUAGUCUAGAUUUCUGCUUUAAGAUGGGGCUUUUAAGUCCCUUUCCUAUGAAAAGAUCAGCUUCAAGGACUGUUAUAGAGUGA